AUGUCCACUGAGCCUUUCAAAAAUGUGGUCUUGCUUCCACAAACUAACCAGCUUUUGGGUCUCUACACGAUAAUCAGAGACCAAGAUACCCGCAGACCAGAUUUCAUUUUUUACGCAGACAGAAUCAUCCGUCUGCUAGUGGAAGAAGGCCUAAACCAUCUGCCAGUAACACCCCGUACGGUAGAAACUUCAACGAACCAGAAGUUCGAUGGUGUGUCAUUUAUGGGCAAAAUCUGUGGUGUUUCAAUUGUCAGAGCUGGUGAGUCCAUGGAACAGGGGCUUAGAGAAUGCUGUCGUUCAGUGCGGAUUGGCAAAAUUCUAAUUCAAAGAGACGAGGAAACUGCUUUGCCCAAACUUUUCUUUGAAAAACUGCCCGAAGACAUCUCCGAGAGAUUUGUGUUUUUGCUAGAUCCUAUGCUGGCCACCGGCGGUAGCGCUGCUAUGGCCACUGAGGUGUUGAUUAAUAGAGGGGUUAAACAGGAACGAAUUUUCUUCCUUAACUUGAUCUGCAGCAAAGAGGGAGUUGACCUUUACCAUUCGAAAUUCCCAGAUGUCAAGAUUGUUACUGGUGCCGUUGACUCCGGACUCGACGAGAAUAGAUACUUGACCCCAGGUUUGGGAGACUUUGGCGAUAGAUAUUACUGCAUAUAG